UCCCCCAAUCGCACCACCAUGACCGCCGUCUCCACCAUUUCCGCCGCCGUAACGGAAGGCGCGAAUGUUGUUACGCCGAGAUGGAUUAAUAAGGGAAUAAAUGGAAAGUUACGGGUGAUGUGUAGGUAUGGCGGUAAUAUAGUUUCACUUCCGCAGACGAAAUCGCCGCGCUACCUCGGCGGAGAUACUCGAAUCGUCGCCGUUCCUCCCUCCGCGGAAACGUGUUUAGCCUCUCUUGUUAGCCACCUCAGGGUUACGCUCGGAAUCUCUUAUCCUUUCAAGGUUAAAUAUCAGCUUCCUGAUCAAGAACUGGAUUCGCUUAUCUCCGUGGAGACGGAUGAGGAUGUUCAGAUCAUGAUGGAGGAACAUGGAUAUCUCUUCACCGAGUCUUCGAUUCCUCAAUCGCGUAUACGAUUGUUUCUUUUCCCCUCCAAAUCGCAAUCGAAUGAUGCUGGUGCGAGUCAGGGAGAUUCGGCUCAGUGUAAAACGGAGACUGAUAUCGAUUGGCUUGGAAUCCAAGAGUCUAAGCCUAUUCUUCACGAGCUGGCUCAACCGGUGCUUCAGCACCCAAAGACUGAUACGUGGUUCGUAGACGCGUUGAAGAGCGCGGAGAUGAUGCAGACUGGGCGCAAUAAUAGUGCAAGUAGCGGAAGCGGAGAUGGUAACAGCAGCGGUCUUUGUGGACAGGAGUCGAUGAUGCUCGACACUAAUUCGUCCUUUGGCUCAACAUCAUCCUCCGUUUCUUCGAGCAAUUUGCCUCCGAUCAAAAGCACCGGCGAGGACAACUCAGUAAAUUCGCAGGUCAAAUUUGCACCAGUAGAAUCGGUGACAAGCUACAACAGCGCAGUCACCCCAAUCUCUUCUCACGAGCUACCUACACACUCACAUGUUUUGGAGAACAAGUUGUCUUCAAACUUCUACGAGAAUGGGUUAAACAGACAUGUUCCAAUCCCAGUUUCCGGGUAUCCACCAUUUAUGAACCAAGCUCAACAGCAACAAAUCCAGGUCAUUUACACGGGAAAUCCUUACAUUACCGGAAACUCACCUAUGGCAUUGCCUGCCACAGCAUACCAUCACACAAACCACACCCAUUAUCAGUUUCCGCCGCAACCAUACCCAAUAUAUUACAUUCCAGUGGAGCAGUACAGUUCGAGGCAUGUUCAAGCACCGCCUGUGAAAUCUGGUACUGUUUUAAACUCCCACCAAGUUGAUUCCUCAGUGGUCCGGACCAGCAGCCCUCUAGCACCAGAGUUGUCCUCACAAGUUCACCCUCCAGCCAAGCCUGUUGAUUCAUCUGUACAAACAUCAAGCGAAGCUGCUCCUAGUACCACUUCCAGAGAUUCUUUCGUCUAUAACACCAACGUUGAUGACAAUGAUAUAGCUCGUGCUCAGAUUUACAAAUCUCAGCCUCCAGCGCCUAAAGUACCGUCGCAGUGUCAAACCAAGAUACUAACCGAAGCUUUGGGUCAGCUACACACCCACAAUUCUUGAGAGAACUAAGAAUCCGUUCUCAUGUAGCUUCACUUUUGGGUAUUUGGUUUUACAGGUUUGUUUUGGUUCCCAUACAUAUUAUACAUGCUUCUGUUUUUUUUUUUUUUUUUUUUUUUUUUUUUGUCUCUUUCAGUCAAGGAGAUCCUUCAUCCUUGUUCGCCUUCUUUCACUCACUUUGUUGUAACACGGAAGUUUACGGGGUUUUCAUCUUUCCAAAAACAUUUUAUAAAGAAAUUUGUAAUAUUCAUACAUUCAUU